UGCUGUCAGCACCGAGCAGCUCUCUAAGCAGAGAGCGAGAGAGCGAGAGAGAGCUCAAAAGAAUUUCAUGAGGUGCGCAGGAUAAGAAGAAAUGCCCGGCCAUCCCUGCAACUCCCUCUGCUUCUUCAACUCCCCUUCUUCCCCUCUCCAAUUCCCUCUUCCCAAAAUACACCUCCCAACUUCUGCAUCUCCCAAACGCCUAUUUUCAAAAAAUCCAAUAUUUCCCGCUCCAAAAAUUCCAAUUCUCACUUCACAUCCCCCAUUCCACAACAAAACCCACAUCCCCUUUUCCUCCCUUGACGACGGGAUUGACGGAACCUCCAAAAUCCAAGUCUCCGUGAAGCCCGAAAGCCCGAAUCCAAAAGAAACAGAGCUCGAACUGCUUGGAAAACCAUCUCCUAUACCAGUUGAUACUUCCGUCGAAGACCAAGUUCCUGAAACCCGAAAGCCAGAGAUUGGCGAGGCCUUGGCGCCGUUCUUGAAGUUUUUCAAGGCUAGAGAUUCUUCGGAGGAAGAAGAGAAAGAAAUCAAAGAAGAGAGUGAAUCGGUUGCGACCGAGGAUAUCGAGAAUGAGGGUGAAAUGGAUCUGAAAGAGAUGGUCAGUGUGGAAUAUUACGAACCGAAGCCCGGUGAUUUGGUUGUUGGUGUUGUUGUUUCUGGGAACGAAAACAAGCUUGAUGUGAAUGUCGGAGCAGAUCUUUUAGGCACGAUGCUGACCAAGGAAGUGCUUCCGCUCUAUGAUAAAGAGGUAUCUAAUCUUCUGUGUGAUGUGGAGAAGGAUGCGGAGGAGUUCAUGGUGGCCGGGAAGAUUGGGAUUGUUAAUGAUGAGGAGGCAUUGGGCAGUGGGGAAUCAGUGAGCGGGCGGCCUGUCGUUGAGGUGGGGACAGUUCUUUUUGCUGAGGUUCUUGGACGGACGUUGAGUGGGAGGCCUUUGCUUUCUACAAGGCGGAUGUUCAGGCGGGUCGCAUGGCAUCGAGUGAGGCAGAUAAAGCAACUAAAUGAGCCCAUCGAAGUUAGAAUAUCAGAGUGGAAUACAGGUGGUCUUCUUACAAGAAUUGAGGGUUUGCGAGCAUUCCUUCCGAAAGCAGAGUUGAUGAACAGAGUAAAUAACUUCACAGAUUUGAAAGAAAAUGUGGGUCGUCGGAUAUUCGUGGUGAUUAGUAGAAUCGAUGAAUCAAGUAAUGACUUGAUAAUAAGCGAGAGAGAAGCUUGGGACAUGUUACACCUUCAAGAAGGAACACUUCUAGAAGGGACUAUUCGCAAAAUCUUUCCAUUUGGAGCACAAGUGAGGAUAGGCGAAACUAAUAGAAGUGGGUUGCUGCAUAUCUCAAACAUAACUCAUGCUCGAGUUAGCUCUGUCAGUGACUUGCUAAAAGAGGGUGAGAAGGUGAAAGUUCUGGUGGUGAAGUCGCUGUUUCCUGACAAAAUAUCACUCAGCAUCGCAGCCCUAGAAAGUGAGCCUGGCCUGUUUCUAUCAAACAAAGAGAAAGUGUUUUCCGAGGCUGAAGAGAUGGCAAAAAAGUACAAGCAAAAGCUACCAGCUGUUUCUGGGGUUCGUAAGCUAGAAGCCCUUCCAACUGAUGUACUUCCUUUUGACGAUGAAGCUUCAUCAUAUGCAAACUGGAAGUGGUUCAAAUUCGAAUGAGGUAAUGAACCAAAUAACCCUUAACGAAGCGUAUUGUGAUUGUAUAUUUUCCCCCCUACAAAUCUUGUAGCUGGGUAUGUGGAAAAGGAUUAAAAUACGCUUGAUUUUUUAUUUUUUUUUUAAAGUGCUGAUGUGCUUGUAAGGGUAUUUUUCUCUUUUUCUUUAUUCUGCAGAGCAACCAUGUAUUGCUGGUUGAGAUCAUGUCUCAUCUGAAAAUCAAUGCGGGAAAUCCAAGCACAUGCUUGGUCAAGCUCUGAGCAUGGUUUCCCCAUUUGGGCUGUUUUCCUCAGAUGUGUACCAUUUCCAUUUUAAAUAUUAUUCUUUUAUUCUGUAAUCCCUGUUUUACUAUACCUUCACUAGUAACUUAGUUUGUUAUUCUUCCAUUAUUUAGGGAAAUGAUAUCUAUGCUCUCUUAA